AUUCCUUUUCUUAAAUCUGAACGAAAUAAUAUAAUCUUUCCUUCCCUCUCUUCUACCCCCAACCCAUCAGAAAAUCUUUCUCCCUUAUUGAAAAAAAAAAAAAUCUCUGGGUUUUCAAUUUUUUUAUCUCUCCGUUCUUGAGGGUUCAUACCUUUCUCUUCACACCGUGCUCAUAUAUUUUCCUUUUUGCCCUUUUGACCCAUCUUUCCGCGGUGCAAAUCCAUCUUAAUUUGUUGUUGUGGGUCUUUCUAGGUUACGAGUUUGGAGGUUAUGGAAGGACUUCAUCAUCAUCCUCUUCUGAUUCCUCAGCAGCAGCAGCACAUCAGUGUCAACGUUGAUGUGGGUGAUAGGUUUCCACAAUGGAAUAUUGAAGAAACGAAGGAGUUCUUGAUGAUCAGAGCAGAGCUCGAUCAGACCUUCAUGGAGACUAAGAGGAACAAGCUUCUCUGGGGAAUCGUCUCUGCCAAGAUGAAGGAAAGGGGUUAUAAUCGAAGUGCAGAACAGUGUAAAUGUAAAUGGAAAAACCUUGUUACACGAUAUAAGGGGUGUGGAACUAUGGAGCCGGCGGAAGCUAUGCGUCAACAAUUUCCAUUUUAUAAUGAGCUUCAAGCCAUUUACGAUAGUAGGAAUCAGAGAGUGAUGUGGGCUGAGGGAGAAGGGGGGGUGACCGGGUUGAAAAAAAAGGCGGUGCAGUUAUCUUCUGAUGAAGAAGAAGAAGAUAAUGAGGAGAGUGAGGGGAAUAAGGGCAUUGUUAGAAAGAAGAAAAAAGGGAAGAUUAGUGGGAAUAUUGGCAAUAAUUUGAGGGAGAUUUUGCAGGAUUUUAUGAGGAAACAGAUGGAGAUGGAAAUGCAAUGGAGGGAGGCAUUCGUAGCGAGGGAAAAUGAGAGGAAGGUGAAGGAGAUUGAGUGGAGACAGGCGAUGGAAGAGCUGGAAAAAGAGAGGAUAAUGAUGGAGAGGAGGUGGAGAGAAAGGGAAGAGCAAAGGAGGAUGAGGGAAGAAGCUAGGGCUGAGAAAAGGGAUGCUUUAAUUACAGCAUUACUAAACAAGCUUAGAAGAGAAGAUCACAAUAUGUAGUCGUCUUCUGCUAGCUCUUGUUGUUUGUAUUUCCCCUUGUUUUUGAGAAGCGGAAGCUUGUUUUUGAGAGGUUCGUUCUGAAACUCUCAUUCUGGCUAAACUGUGCCUUUUUCUCUUGUUUAAUUUCCAUGAAUUCUCUAAGAUGAAAGCUUCUGUAUUCUCGUUUUAAUAUUUCAUAAUGCAGAUCAUCAUCAUUGAGAAAGAUGACCUUGAAUUGAAAAUCAUGAUGGGUGUUCUAGACAUAUUGCACUGCAUUAGUGUUUGUGAUAAUGCCAAGCAGAACAAUAGGCACUGUUGCAAAUGGUCCAUAUAAUGGCUCCCCAACUUCACUAUUGCGUCUCUCUAGAUCUUUUUGCCUGUUUCUCUCUUAGGCAUGUACUGAUUGACCU